GAGAGCGACGGCUACCUCCCGUAUGCCCCAGCCUUGGUGGAAGCGCUGGAAGAGCGCUUUUGCUUUCUGAGUGCGGAGAGCGGCAAGGGAGGAGAAGAUGGUUCAGCCGGUCAUGGAGGGCCCGCUUUUGGUCUGGGCCCCCGAGUGUCGCGGUUGGAGGAGCUUCUGGGGAAGAUGUCGGUCAGCUUGGAGACUGUGUCGGAGAAGGUGAGUUCUGGUUCGUCCAAGCCUUCAACUCCCAAGGUGCAUUUUGCCGCAAGGCCCAAAUUGAUUCCUGGACCUCAUCGUCACGAAGAUGCUGCCAAGUUUCCUUCUUUAGACCCCAGUGUGGUUGCCUCUGCGCUUUCUGCAGGAGUUCCAGAGGAGAACUUGCGAGAAAUGGAGCGCUUGAUGGGUGCUUCCUCAAAAGGGAAAAAGCUUCGAGAAUCUGCCCUGAGGAAGCCUGCGAGAAAGGUGUCCGACAGUGUCCUUUCAGAAAGCGAGGACGAGAUCGAAGAGGGCGAGUCUGGCUCUCCUACAGCUGGAGCUCAGGAUCCGGCGACCAUGGAGGGGGCCCUGAACAAGUUGACGGAGCUGGUGACGCUUCUCAGUGCAGACAAGAUCAAGAGAGCAAAGUCCUCGAAGGUGGACAUCGCCCUCGAGAACUUGGGAGGAAACACUGGUGCAGACAGCUCUACAAGUUCCACUGGCAAACGAGCUGCAGCAGCUCGAAGAGCCCUCAGGCUGGCAUUGCAGGAAGCACCGGAAGACAUCAGCAACGUCAUCGAGAAGUUGAUUCUGGAGGACCUUACUUUGCAGACAGUGAUGCCCGGUAUGCCGAAGAAGGACUUCAACGCCCGUGCCUGGGUGGAGCAUCGGAGCCGCAUCGGUGCUUACAAGAGCUCUGCCUACCUUGCAUGGUCGGCAGCUGGGAUCCUGGACGACCUGGUGAACGGCCGGGUGGCCCAUGCGAGGGCUCGCAGCUGUCUGAUGCUCUUGAUGAUCGACCAAGUGGCGAUCGACAGAGGCAACUGGGCUUUGGGUUCGGAGCUCAUGCUCGAGCAGGGGCCUCCUUGGUCUGCUUUGGCGUCCCAUACGUUGCCGUCCAUUGCAGACGGGGAAAGCCCAUUCAGCAAAAUACUGGACCCAAGGUGGGCCGAGGUGAUGUUGUCGCAUCUGAAGGACGCAGAGGACUAUGUGCAAAAACGCAGAGCCCUGGGGAAGAAGACCACCGAGGAGACCGAGAAGGAGACCAAUCGACCGAGUUCCUUGAAGGCUGCUGACGUGUGCCCCUCCGGUAGUUCCGGCGGCUUGGGCACGAAGUUUGUCCACGUCCCGGGCAGUCGUGCGCCCACUGUCAAGGUUCCGGCCUUCGUUAAUUCAUGGCUACGUGUCGUGACGAAGUACGCGGCCAAGUUAGCUACUUUUGUGCAAAGCUUUCUCAGCAAUUUGCCACGGCCUCAUGAUGAGGAUCACUCGCUGAGGGGACUCUGGCCUAUGCCCGUUCCUUAUCCAGAAGUUUUUGGAGGAGACUCUGCUUUUGGUGGUUCUUGGAAGAAGAGGCGGCUGGUUCUGCAGGUGUUAGUUCUCAAUUGGCUUCACCUUGGAAGACCUCAUAGCUGCCCAGGUCUGCUAUGGCCAGGCCGGAGACUUUCUGCCCGGCAGUGGCGUCCAGUUCGCCUCUUGGAACACCUCAGCGAAGAUCAGAAUUCACUUUUACAGGUGGAUGCACAAUUGAUGGCAAGAGCAGCACUGCGGACAGAAUCCUCGGCUGACCAGCUGGAUGCUCUCCACCGUGCUCUCGUUUGCUGUUCCACCUCUACUGCUCCCUACGGGGCUGACACUUGCUCUCCGACCAGAGCUUGGCGUGAAAAUGAAGGUGAUGAUUGGGAGGAGAUUUCAGGGGGCUUCGGAGUUUUUCAUGGUGAAUCCAAACGUGGUGAUUCUGCUGUAGCUAAGCCUUUGCAAGCUGAUCGGCUUCACUUUGUUGGCUCCCCAAGUUUCAACCCUGUCCCCUACUUCGACAAGGAAACUGCUCAUGCUUAUGAAUUUCCUUUAGAAUGUGUUCGUGACGAUGUCGUUGAUGAACCCCCUCAAGUUAGCAUACAUGGUUCUGCUCAUGAACGGAAUCUGUUGUUUCAGAAGAUGGCUGCUUGUGGUCGUUUGGUGCCUCUGACCGUUGAUGAUGUACGUCCUGGGCUCGAGUGUGGCCUUUUUUGUGUUCCCAAAGAUCUUGACAGAGACCGUUUAAUCUUAGAUGCAAGACCCCCAAACACGGUUGAAAAGAUGUUGAACACUUGGACAAAGACCAUGAGCAGCAGCACUUGUCUUUCCGGCAUCGAGCUUGAUGAGUCACAGUGCCUUAUCAUGAGUGGGAGAGACAUUCGUGACUACUUUUACCAGUUUUCUGUUUCCCCGCAGCGAUGUCGCCGCAACUACUUGGCCGGUAGGCUGGAGCCUGAGGACCUGGAGUUCAUCUUCGGGAAGAAGUUCACCGAAGCUGGCUAUGUUGGUUUGUCAACGCUGGCUAUGGGCGAUUUGAACGCCUGCGAAUUUGCACAGGGGUCUCACCUCAAGCUGGUCGUGUCUUGUGGUGGAGCUUCUAUGGAUGAGAUCCUGAUGAUGCACCAGCCAUGCCCCAGGGGUUUGCUCAGCGUUGGUGUAGUGAUUGAUGACCUUGUUUGUUUGCAGAAGGUCCUUGCCUCCGACGUCAAGGCCGGUGUUUAUGAGGGUGCUUCUCUUUUGGACGAGCGUAUGGAGAGGAUCAUGGCUAAGUACGAGGAGGUCGGACUGCCUACUAAUGAGAAGAAGGCCUUCGACAACAGCUUGUGCAGUUCUUUUUGGGGAGUCCAAGUUGAUGGAAAAAAGGGGCUGGUACGUGCCAACGAGACCAGACUUUGGCCCCUGCUGCUCAUCACGGUGCACGUAUGUGCUUUAGGUCUCUCCACCGUAGGCCUUCUUCGUUCUUUGGCUGGAUCCUACAUUUCCAUACUCUCUUUGAGGCGCAGGCUCCUGUCCACCAUGAACUUGGUCUUUGACGCCAUUGCUGCGUCCGGCUCAGACAGGCAAGUCCUUAGGCUCUCUGGAGCUUUGAUUGACGAGCUCUUCACCAUGAUGAUUUUGAGCACGUUAGCGGUGGUCAAUUUGAGAGCCUCCACAGUUGGGGUCCUCCACGCGACUGACGCCUCAGAUUGGGGCAUGGCCGCUGUGGCGGGCGUGAUCCCUGUGCAAGAGGAUGAACUUCCUGGUGGUGACGUUUACGAUGUUCACCCCUUUUGGGAAUCUUUGGCUCGAGCAGUGCCCUAUGAGGAACAGUGGCGGCGAAAACACCCAAAGCCAGUGCAUGUGAACAUUGGCGAGCUCCGUGCGCAUCUGAUUGAAGAAGGUCGCAUUGGAGCAAAGCAGUUCAGCGUUCGGGUGCCCUAUGCCCUUGACUCUCAGGUGGCUUUAGGAAGUUUGGUCAAAGGCAGAGCUUCCUCGAAGGCUUUGAACUCAGAGCUGCUGAGAAGCGUGCCCACUAUGCUUGGCUCUGACCUUUACGGCGGGUAUGGUUUUUGGCCUUCAAAGCUGAACAGAGCUGAUGGGCCCACCAGAGACGCGAAGCCGGACGCUCCAGAUGCAGGUUUGCCUUGGUGGUGGGAUGAUGUUUGCAACAACCACUUUGAUCGGCUUGACCCUUGGCUGAAGGACUUGGAAGUGAUGGUGGCUCCCACGUGUCACUUUGAUCGAGCCUCUUUGGGAGAUCCUGUUGACAUGAGGACGGGCCGAGCUUUCCGAGCCAGCACUGGGCGAAAAGGAAAGGCCGUUUGUGAGAAGGGUGAGGCACUGAUGCCCGCGUGCGAGGGAAGUUGUUUGGGUGCGGAGGCUUUGGCUAUCCUCCGAGGCUGUCCCUGGGUCCUGACCUUCGAGAUCGGCCGGAGCGAAAGCGAGAAUGUCCUGCUGGCUUCCAACAGAGACAGCAUCACCAGAUUGGUGGUCCUUCGUGGUGUGAAGUUGGUAGGGUCUGCUAUGGUAUGCAAGUCCUUCUCCCGUGCUGUCACCCCUGCGGUCCGCACUUUGCAAUAUCCGGGGGGCGUGCCUUGGAUGACUUUGAACAUGAAGGAGAAGGUAAAGGAGGGAAAUGAGAUGGCCGACUUUGGUGCCGAGCUUCACGAGCUGUGUGAGGAGAGCCUGGAUGAUGCUGAGAGUCCUGAUGUUUUCUUUUGGACUGAGAACCCUGAUUCGUCCCAUGUGUGGGGGCAAAGGAAGUACAGAAAGUAUAGAAAGCCCGAUUCUCAGCAUGUGUUCAGGGCAGACUACUGCCGCUUCGGCACCAAGUGGAGAAAGAGAACGAGAGUGGCAACAAACCUUCCAAAGUUGAGAGGCAUGCGCAUGUUGUGCACGUGCUCUAGAGGGCAUCAACAGUUACGUGGUCAACACCCCACUUUGAGGAUUCCCUGGACUUUGGUUGCGCAGCCAUACCCACGUGGUUUCAGCCGGAUGAUAGCUUCUGCUGCUUUGGAUGCAUGUGGGUGGAGCAGACAAGGCAGUGGAAAGUUUAACAUUGCUGGGUGCGCCAAAUGCUCUUCCAUGCGGAUCGGAGAAGCCGACCACCCCGGACCUCGCAGAAUAGCUCAUCCUCGAGGUUUCUCCCUGGAAGAGGCUCCCGUGCAAACCUGGAACAGCAUUCGUCUUGGUGACCAGCAGUGGAAGAGGUUUUUGGUUUGGUGCUAUCAGUUUGUGGAGUCCGACGUUUUGGCUCUUUUCCUGGCUGUUCCAAUUUUUCUUGCCUAUGCUAUUCGGCGCUUUGGAGAUCUGGAAUUUGGGCGUGGUGGUUCCUUGCUUUACUACCGGCAUUUGAUCCUGGUUUCUUCGCGGAGAGUGCCGCAAUUGAAGCCUUACGCAGGAAUAUGCUGGGAUCUUGCUACCAGAUGGGAGAAAGCCGAGCCCACCACUCACCGUACUCCUGUGCCUGAGGUUUUGGUUGAAGCCAUGAUCGCAAUAGCAUGGAGCAUGAACUGGAAGCGAUGGUGCGGUGUUUGUUUGCUGUGCUUCUUCGGCAUCGCCCGUGCCGGAGAAGUCUUGAAAUGCCGCAGGGAAGACCUCUUGCUGCCCUGCGACAUGCUGUAUGAGUGCGAUGCUGCCUUUUUAGUCUUGAGGAGGUCAAAGACGAGCUAUAGGCAACUGGCUCGAGUGCAGCACUUGAAGAUCACCAACUUGCACGCUGUAAAGCUCCUGAAUUUGAUCUACCAGGGUGCAGACAAAGACGAACUGCUUUGCUUUGGUAGUGCUCAUGUUUUUCGCAGGCGAUGGGACUUUAUCCUGCAGUUGCUGGAGGUGCCUACAAACGUUCAUGUCACCCCUGGCGGACUACGAGGCGGAGGCGCUGUAACGAGCUACCGGAAAGGAGCUUCGAUCAGCGACUUGCUGUGGGCUAUGCGCUUAAAGCAAGUGACAACUCUGGAGGCCUAUUUGCAGGAGGUCGCAGCGCUUAGCCUGCUGACCGAGCUCCCUUUGUCCUCUAGGAGAGCCAUUCGAAGUGCUGCUUCUCUGUUUGCUUUUCUGGCCUUUGGUGCGGGAUGA